AUGGACGAGGGACGCCGACCGCCGACGCCGACGAGUGCGUCGCUCUCGCCGCCUAGGGCAGAUAUGGCGCAUUCGGCGGAGGUGCAGGCGCCCAGAAGCGUCGAGGAGAUUGUGCGCCGCGACUUGGAUGUGCGCACGCACGCCGUGACAGAUGCACUGUACCGCCUCGCCUCGCACGUCGCGCUGGACCAGCAGGCCCAGUCUGUGGGCGAGAUGGUCAAUGACGUCGUACGCAGCCUGGCGGACGUGGAUGUGAUGCGUGGACACAUUCACGAUCACAUUCCGCAGGAAGUGGUGGAUCUCGUCGACGCCGGUCGCAAUCCGGACAGCCACACGCGGUCGUUUAUGAACCGACUCGCGAGUGAGAACCAGUACUCCCUAGGACAGUACUUGUCGAUCAAAGCGUUUCGCGACCAACUUGCGCCUGCCUUGUCACAGGCCUUCCCCGAGCUGGAGACCAGCCUACAGCACGCGAUGCAGCAGCACGCGGAUGAUACCCCUUAUCCUACACACUAG